ACAUCAUGCCGGUCAAAGGAGGCACCAAGUGCAUCAAAUACCUUCUCUUCGGAUUUAACUUCAUCUUCUGGCUUGCUGGGAUUGCAGUCCUUGCCAUUGGACUAUGGCUUCGAUUCGACUCUCAAACCAAGAGCAUCUUCGAGCAAGAUACUAAUCGUUCCAGCUUCUACACAGGAGUUUAUAUUUUGAUUGGAGCUGGGGCCCUCAUGAUGCUGGUGGGUUUCUUGGGCUGCUGUGGGGCCGUGCAAGAGUCCCAGUGCAUGCUGGGAUUGUUCUUUUGCUUCCUCUUGGUGAUAUUUGCCCUUGAAAUAGCUGCAGCCAUCUGGGGAUAUUCCCACAAAGAUGAGGUGAUUAAAGAAAUUCAGAAAUUUUACCAGGACACCUACGAAAAGCUGAAAUCAAAGGAUGAGCCCCAACGGGAAACACUGAAAGCCAUCCAUUAUGCGUUGGACUGCUGUGGUAUGGCUGGGGGUUUGGAACAAUUCAUCUCAGAUAUUUGCCCCAAAAAGGAAUUGAUCGCAACCAUCACAAUAAAGCCCUGCCCUGAGGCCAUCAAAGAGGUCUUCAACAGCAAAUUCCAUAUUAUUGGCGCAGUGGGCAUCGGGAUUGCCGUGGUGAUGAUAUUUGGCAUGAUCUUCAGCAUGAUCCUGUGCUGUGCUAUCCGCAGGAGCCGCGAGAUGGUCUAGAGUCAGCUUGCACCCCUGAGCAGGAAAAUUUGCCCUUGCAGA